UCGCUCUAUAACAGAAAACAACUACAUGGAAUAUGGCGUGUUAUGUUUUGAUUGUAUAGGAUAGGAUGGGAUUGGGUAUGGUCCGUGGGCUUGUGUAUCGAAAUUUUGAUACUAUUUAUUUUAAAAAGGAAUACAUCUGGCUACAGAAAUAAGUCGUCAAAAGUAACCGAUUGUGUGUAUUCGUGUUUUAUUUUUUGUGGAGAAAUUCUGAAAGCUGUUAUGAGUGACUAGCCAACACGUUAGCAUUGUGAUCACUUGCUGGAAUAAUGUAUUGUUUACUUGUAUGAUGGUGACACCUCCUGAAGGAAAAGAAACCUUGUUUUAUGUAAAUGAAGCAAGAUCCAAAUUUAAACUUACUGUUUAACCAUAUGCCAUGGACGUCGAAUGUGGAGGAUUUACAUUUUUAUCGAAUUUCGACUCCGGAAAUCUGGCUCGUGUUGAGUUAGUACCGCAGAAGUUCCAUGGCAAUGCAGCUCAUACAAAGAACAGUUCUGGAGAUGAAGUCCCUGACUUUGAGUUUAAUAUUUGGACUCGUCCAGAUUGUUAUGGAACGGAAUUUGAGAACAGUAACAGAACUUGGUUCUACUUUGGAAUAAAGGGAGGAGCACCAUUUGCAGUUGUGAAACUCAAUAUUGUGAAUUUGAACAAACAGUCAAAGAUGUACAGCCAGGGUAUGGCACCAGUUUAUCGAAUAGUUCCUGGACGGAAUAGCUGGGAUAGAAUUAAGGAGAAGCCUACUUUUGUUAUCGAGGAUAAUACAUUUAUAUUAAGUUUCAAGUAUCGAACUCUGGAAAAUCUACGUUCCAUAACAUAUUUUGCAUUUACAUACCCAUACUCCUAUACGGAUUUGCAGAAUAUGUUAUGCUCUCUGGACACAAAAUUUAAAUUAUCAGAAGAGAGUACUCCUAAACUGAAUUUGGAUGAUAUUUAUUACCACCGGGAGUGUGUGUGUUACUCAUUGGAAAGGCGGAGAAUUGAUCUUAUUACUAUCUCAUCAUACCACAACAUAAGCCUGGAACGUGAACCAAGACUCAGACAUUUAUUUCCAGAAAUAAAUGUUCCUCGUCCAUUCAAGUUCCUUGAGAAAAAGGUUGUGUUCAUUAGUGCCCGUGUUCACCCUGGUGAAACACCAUCAAGUUUCGUGUUGAAUGGACUUCUCAGCCUCCUGUUAAAUCGAGAUGAUCCAGUUUCUAUUCUUUUACGUAAAACAUUUGUGUUUAAACUUGUACCAAUCUUGAACCCUGAUGGUGUUGCAAGAGGACAUUAUAGAACUGACACACGUGGUGUUAACCUUAACAGGGUAUAUUUGAAUCCAUCACUUACUCUGCAUCCAUCUAUAUUUGCUGCUCGCGCACUAAUCAGAUACUAUCAUUUUGGGCAAGAAAUCGAAGAAGCACUGUCAGAUGCUCCUGUGGCAAGUGUUUGGAGCUGUGCUAAUUCAUCGUCAUCUGAUACUAUUUUACAUGAUGAACCAAAUGAUGAACCACUAUCUUCAAGUCCUGAAGAUAGGACAGAUGCCUCAGAAGAUCAAAACAGAGUUUGCACUAUAGAAAGUCAGGUAUCAGGACUGAGUUUGUAUGAAAAGGAAAAUGAAACUGUUAAUAACGCACCUAUUGAUAGUAAUGUGAUAUCCUCAGUGAAAGCUGUUUCUGGAAAUCUUGAAACUAGUUUUACAAGUGCAGAUAAUAAUGUUUUCUCUGCUGUCUGUGAAACCAUAUUCAAAAGUGUUGCAAGUGUCUGUGAUGGCAUUUCAAAGGGUUAUACUGCUACUUCAGUAGCUCCAAAUAUGACGUGUAAUCAGAAUUUUUCAGAUACUUCUUCAAGUGUUGAUGAAACAAACACUGCAGGAGCAUUAUCAAAUCUCUUCAUCCAGCAGAAAAAUUUUGUAGCAGCAGCAUCAACAAAUGGUGUGAGUUGCUCAGGUGUUUCAGUGACUGUUAGUAAAUGUAGUCCUUACACUCCUAGUGUUGCUGCAUGUGAUGUUUUCUGCAGUGAUGAUACAGAAAAUGGUGCGAGUAAUACUGUGUCAUUUGUGGGUAUAGAGAAAAACUUUAACCCUGAAGAUUCUGGGCUUUUCCUGUACAUUGAUCUCCAUGGACAUGCUUCAAAGAAAGGAAUCUUCAUGUAUGGAAAUCAUUUUAAUAAUAUUGAAGAUAGCAUCGAAUGCAUGCUGCUUCCAAAGAUUAUGUCACUUAACAAUCAAAAUUUUCAUUUUACUGCAUGUAAUUUUACAGAAAGGAACAUGUACUUAAGGGACCGCCGAGAUGGAAUGAGUCGUGAAGGUUCUGGUCGAGUUGCAGUUUUAAAAAUUACUGGUUUGGUGCGCAGCUACACCCUCGAGUGCAAUUACAACACUGGGCGUUUGGUGAAUAUACUUCCAUCAUGUUCUCGAGACAAUACAAAAUCACCACCUGCACAUGUGAUACCACCAAAAUAUACACCACAUAUUUUUGAAGAGGUUGGAAGAGCUCUUGGCGUGUCAAUAUUGGACCUUUCAGGACAGAACCCAUGGAGUCGCAUACCCAAUUCUGAGUUCCGUUCUCUAACUGGGAUAAGAGACUGGCUGCGUGCUCAUUGUAUUCCAGAGCAAGCACAUGGACACAAAAUGUCAAGAGCUCAGAGGCAAGCACGUAACUCACAGCCCAUCUCACAGGUUGCUGCAGCCAGCAGAUCACCACUGCGGCCAUCCAGUAGUGAUACUGCCCUCAAGAGCAUUCCACGUGUCCGAAGACUGGCUCCCCUCCCAGCAAAAGCUACCAGCAAGCUGAAUGGUAACUGCCCUCAAGGCAUUGCAGAAGAGAGGAAAGAAAAUGUUUCAGGUUUCCCUGUAGGCACAUCUCGUACUGUGUCAGAUGUGAGGACUGGUCGCAGUUUCCAAUCAUCCAGAACCCCUGCAAGCCCAUGUUCUCUACAGCGAUGUCAUUUAACUGGAACAAAGAGAGUCAGAGGUACUCCAGGUGCUGCAGGAACAUGUGUUUUUAAGCAGAUACUUAGUGUUAAAACUAAAUGUGUAUCUGUUGCUACAGUUGCUGCGAACUCAAAGAAUGGGAAAAAUAUGGUUAAUGGAAGAAUACUUGGUAAUGUUGGAAAUGGCAAGAGAAGUGAACAGAAUGUUUCUACCUCAUACAGUCAUUCUUCCAAAACAAGAGUGCCAAGCUCAAAAAAUUCUCACGAAAAUCGAUUUGGAUUUCAAGGUGCAGAUAUCCAAAAGGAUAAGGUAUUGUUGAAGCAGGUAUCUCGUGGAAGUGGCAUUACAGUAGGGAGAAUAGUAACACCCAACAGGAUAAAAAUUAUUAAGGAUGACCACAAAGCACUAUGUGAUCAGCACAUAGUGAAACAAGGAUCAAAACGUCUAAAAAUAUCUCCUGUAAAGGGUGAUCAUUCAAUUUUCCAUGCUGCUUCACAAGUUGAUAAUGGAUCAGUGUCUAUUGGAAAUUUAAGCUGCAAAGAUGUUUUGUCAUUAAAUGCUGAUACAGAUAUAAGUAUGUUAAGAGGUUUUAAUACUCUGGAUGAAAUACCAAAAUUUUCAAAAGAUGUUAAUUAUUCUGAAUGUAACAGAGAUAAGUUGCACUGUAAUUCCUUACUGAAGGAAGAUACUGAUAAUAGCUGCUGUCACUUGUCUCAGGCUAGGAAACAGAAACCACUCACAAAACUAGCAAAUACUGUGGUUCAUAGCUGCAAACAUGAAGGUGAUAAUGUCACUGGAACAAGUAAAGAUAAAUAUAGCACUAGGCUUGAUAAGCAGGCUAAAAGUAAAACUACACACCUCUCACCCGUUAAAGUACUGAAGAAGUCACCAUCAUUUGGGAAAAAACUGAAUACUGAUGUGACAAAGAAACGAGUAAAAGUUUCAGUUAAAAGUCUCACUACUGUUGCUGCUAAGCUGAAAAAGUCAUUUAGUGGAGAACUAGCAAUAGACAAAAAAAGGAAAAAAAGUAAACCUAACAAGCUUUAAGGGAAAAAAAAACAACUAUACUUUACUUGAGUAGCCUGUGAUAAAUGUAUGAAAUAUGUUGAAAAUAUUAUGUUUAUACUGGAAUAUAUUGAUAAAUCUUCAUAAAUAUAUUAUACAUUUUAUUCUUAGCCUUAAUGAAUGUAUAUGUUUAUCUUUGUGGAGAAGUUAUGUAUAUACAGCCACAAUACUUCAGGACUACAGGGUUUGAUUUUUUUCACUUGCAAAAUUACAUUGUUGAGGUGGUAACUUCAUACCACAAAUGCAUUACUUCUCUAUGGGGGUAAUUAUUUGUUCUUGUGAGAAUACUUUAUUGUAUUAUACAAUUAUACCAAUUCUUCUGUGAAGAUUAAUAUGAAGCAUUAAUUAGUUUGUAUGACACUGGUACUGAAUUUUAUCUGUAAAAAUACUUGUGUGUUUACAGAGAACAAAAGAUAGUUUCUAUCUUCUGUGUACAAGUGCUACCACUAUCUUUCUGUUUCCUGUAUGCACCAUUCCUUGUUACUGAUCAUUGUUAAUAUAAAUUAUUUUAAACUAUGUGCUGGUUUGUUCAUGUUGUUGCAAUGUAAUUGUUGUAGAAAACAUAGUGUUCUGAGUGCUGCAAGUAAUGUGUUUACUGCCUCAGUGUGUAUAGUAAAUGUGCAACAAAAUGAAUUUUUGAGGUUUUACCGGAUUUUUUGUACUUCAGUGUUAAUAGAUCAUUGAUUUAGAGAUCUGAAUGCCCCUUGGUACUUAAAUGAUAUAUCUACUAAAAUAAAAAUAUAGUGUUGUUGUGCCCCAUAAAAUUAAAUUUAGAUAGGCUUUAAGACUGUGAAACAUUUUCAGGGAAAUGUUUCAUGCAUUGGUACCUUUCAAACAUAGUCUUUUUCCACACAAUUAAUUGCUUGUGGAAAAGUAAGACUUGUGUUGUGAAAAAUUUGUACUUGGUGGUUUAUUGUUGCACCAUAUGAGCACUAGAUGGUUUUUUUUUUUCAGAUAAAAGUAAAUGAAUUAAUUAUAUUGUCUGCCUUUUCUGCCUGUGUGUGUGUGUGUGUGUGUGUGUGUGUGUGUGUGCGUGCGUGCGUGCGUGCGCAUGCGUGCGUGCUGUUCACAAGCUUCUUUACUCAUCUUUUACAAGUAUGCAAGUAUGUAGAGGAAUAAUAAUUAUGUGAAUGAAUCUUUGCUUUUAUAAAAACAAAACACAUCAUGUUUUGUUGGUUUGUAAUAUUGAAGCAUAUUAAACUUAAAAUGUGCUGAGCACACAUGAAAAUUAUAAAACAGAAAUUACUUGAUUUUUCAGUGUGACACGUGCUCUCACAACUAUAUUCUUAAUUAAAAAUGUACUUAUUUUUUUGUUUUUGUUUUUAUGAAUGUGCUGUAUUAGUCUCAUGCCAUAGGUACCUUCAUGUUAGACAACAAUUAAACAUAAUUAAAUAUAUUUUGGCGACGUCUGCCCUGACUUCCUGACCCAUGUGUGCAGAUUCCAAAUUAUCUAUAGCAUUACAGACCAAAUAGGGCAUGUGUAUAACCGCACACCCGUGUACACACACACAUUCACAUAUUAAAUAAAUUGUUAUUAGAGUACUCUUCUAGUCCCGAAAUGGAUCUACCAUCAGUUUGACAAUUCAGAUAUCAUGGAAAAAUAGUUAUGCAACACUGUUGAAAACACGUAAUGAAUAUUUCCAGAUCUAAUGUGUCUUGUAACAGGCAAUAAGAGAGAGUUUUCCACAAUAUCGUUAAAUUUUCCUCACUUUUUGUCAGAUUAUGUUCUGCUUAUUUGUCAGAGUACUCUUUAAGUAGCUGAUGUACUAUAAAUAUUAAUUUUGAGUUGUCAGCCACUGAUGUCGCUGUAAUUUAAUAAUCACCUUACCUCAUCUUAAACUGAAAUGUGAAUGGUAUACACAUUAAAAUCACCCAAAUCAGUAUUCUCCAGUAACUGUCAAAAUACAACUCUGAACCCUCAUGUGCAGCAGAAUUCUCCACUUUCAGUUAUCAUUGCAUUAUGUCUUGUUACAAAAGCAGAAAAGAUAUUUUGUUUCCAUUUGUAAAUUUUUAAAUUAAUGAGUUCUCCUUCAUAUAAAAAUAUUUAUGGUUAUGUACUAAAACCCAGAAAUUUAAACUGGCUAUUUUGUAAAGCUAUUGCUUAAAUAAUAUUUGUUAGAGACAAAGCAUUCACAGAAAUC